UCAUUCGAUUGUGAAAAAAAAUCAUCAGUCGAUUUAAUCAAUAUUAUUUGAUUGCGAUUGAACAUAUAAUUAAAUUGGUUAUAUUGCUAAAUAACUUGAUUAGAAGUUUCAUUCAAUUCAGUUGUAACUGGAGUUUGAGCCCAAAGACUUGCGUAACAAUGUUUAGAACAAUGACCUCGAGUGAAACAAGUUUGCGAUUGUGUUUGCUUCAGUUUGCGCCACAAGCCGGUCUGGCCAAAACGUUGAUCCAUUUGGAAGAGUUGGUUGAAAGAUCUGCAAACGAAUAUAAUCCACAAAUAAUAGCACUGCCUGAGUGCUUCAAUUUCGAGUAUUGCACAGAUGCCUCAAUCAUUACUGCUAUGGCUGAAACAAUAGAGGAAGGCAAAACUUGUCGCACUCUAUCCAAGCUAUCGAAAAAGUUUGGCGUGUACAUUGUGGGCGGAACAAUUGUUGAACGCGAUGGUGACAAUUUGUAUAAUACAUCCACAGUUUGGAAUCCAAACGGUGAAUUAAUUGCACGCUACCGAAAGGUGCAUUUGUGUAAUUAUCAUUCAGAGGAAGGAGUUGACAUUGUUGAAGUGGGUAUUUUUACGCCCGGUGAUGAUUUAGCCACAUUUCAAGUGAAUGGAUUUAAAUGUGGCAUUGAGAUUUGUUAUGAUGUUCAUUUUGAGGAACUCGCUAAAGCGUACAGAAGAUCUGGUUGCGAUUUGAUAUUCUUCCUAGCUGCAUUUCCCAUUAGCAUUGGACCACAGUAUUGGGAAUUAUUGCAUCGUGCUCGAGCCAUUGAUAAUCAACUAUUUGUGGCUGCUGUUUCGCCAGCACGAAAUGAACAAGCCAAUUAUGUGGUCUAUGGCCAUUCUAUGAUUAUCGAUCCAAUCGGAAACGUUCUCGCAAAAGCCGAAACUGGAGAAGAAAUUGUUUUCCACGAAAUUGACCCAAAAGUUAGCCGAAAGUUUCGUAAGGAAUUGCCGCUGUACACAUCAAGAAGACCAGAAGUUUAUAACAAAUAAUUUAAUUGAAACUGACAUUUCUUAUUACUUUUGUUUUAUUCUAUGAUUUGAAAUAUUACUUUCAUCCUAUGCUUCGCCAUGAGCAUCAUUUCAAUUCAAAUUAUUCAAAAUGCUGCAGUUUUUUUCAAAUCAAAUAUAUUCCAUUGCAAAACCAAAAAUGCUUUAU